AUUUGCUACUUGUUUGCUGUUAAUCCUACCCUUUAACAAACCAUCUUGAGUCGUAUUAUUGCGGUUAUCUGCCAGAUUGUUAGAUUUCAUAACCCUGUCUUCACUAUAGAGUAUAAACAAGAAGAGGAAAUGCCUGGUAAGGACCAAGAUUUUUAUGCUAUAGCUCCAGUUGAACCCCGCGUUGCAAGCAGGGGUACACAAAACAUGAGGGGCUAACACAUAUCAUAUUCAGAUUCAUCAUCAGAACAGAAUACUUUCAAACUACCAUCCUCCCCGAGAGUUUCUUCCAAAUUAGCUUUUUUCAACAUGCCCGAGAGAGAUUAUGAUGAUGAUGAUGAUGAUGUAGAGGAGGCGGGGUAUGAAGGUGCCUUCGAUGGCUUGGUGGACGAAACAAGUGAUAUGCUUCCAGAAGCAGCUCUUCUGUCAGACGACAUACCCGGCCUCGAGACACCUAUGUCCCAAAGUGGAUUGUUAGCUCGAGACAAGCAAAAGAAAACGGCAUACUUUGAUUAUCUCGCAGAGAAGGAGAUGAGCCAGGCAGAUUCGAAGCUAUUCUUUCAACGCAGCCAGUUGGAAGGUCAUAAAACUGGUAGCGGCAGCAAUUGGGGUAACUCUCAGAAGUCUGCAGUUCCUAGUCCUGUGUUGAAGCCGAGGUCAUUCUCUAACGUUUUAGACGCUGAACAAGGAGGUUUGCAUAGAUCUGGAGGUCAAGCUUCCGGGAAAAGCGCACAAAAUCUGCCACAGCUCAAUAAAUUCAGAAGUGCUCCUCCUAUUGGUCUAGCAGAUCUUGGGAAGCAUCCAGAAAGCGCUGUGGUUCAAGAACCGAGCCUUGCUGCGGGUGCAUUUGUUCAUACUCCUGGGGCGCAUGAUAGACGAGAAUCUUUACUUAGGGCAGACAAGGAAGCUAGAGAUCUUACAGUUCAUCCAGGUCUCCCACAUGAACACAAACCGUUGUUGGAAAUGGAAGGAUUGCAUGGUGCAGGUGCCGGUGUUGGCCUUGGUUCUGGUGCCGGUGGUUUCGCAAAUUCCGACGCUCACAUAACUGCCGAGCUCGCAUCCAUCUACACUAACAUCCAAAAGGUAAUUGAUAUUAGACAUAAGUACAUUCGCUUGUCGUUACAAGAAGAUGGUGAUAAUCCUAAAGAUGACCCGAAUUGGUGUAUUUACCCACCGCCACCUCAGCCAUCUUGGCACGACGAGAGAGCGAAAGAGGCUGCAACAAAUGCAAGAAAUAGUACGGCAAAUAGCAUGGCUAAUAGCAUGGUAUUGCCACCUCAGAUUGAUGCUCAAAGCCACCAGCGAACCCUCAGUGGCGCAGCCUCAGAACUAUCAAUCUCUCAAGCUACCAGUGCCCCCAAAACUCCUCUCCGUAAGCGAAAACCUGGACAAGAUAUCGGUUCUGAUUUCGAAAUGGAGGAUCUCCUCCCACUUCCUCCGCCCGGAGAGAUGACCUUCCGACUUGAUGGUAGUGGAGUAUUCCAAGUCUAUGAGAACUCAAAGCUUCAAGAACUUGAUACGCCAGUAAUCAACAUUCCUGAUAUCAGAGAAUUCUACAUGGAUUUGGAACAAAUCCUCAAUGUCUCAUCUGACGGUCCAAGUAAAAGUUUUGCCUUUCGUCGUUUGCAGUAUUUGGAGGGUAAAUUCAACCUUUACGUCCUUCUCAAUGAAUACCAAGAAAUGGCGGACAGUAAACGUGUACCGCAUAGGGAUUUCUACAAUGUUAGAAAGGUUGAUACCCACGUUCAUCACUCUGCUUGUAUGAACCAAAAGCAUCUACUCCGUUUCAUUAAGAGUAAAAUGAAGAAGAAUCCUGAUGAAAUUGUCAUGUUCAGGGAUGGUAAGCAUCUCACACUAGCUGAGGUUUUCCAAAGUAUCAACUUGACUGCUUAUGAUUUGAGUAUUGAUACCCUCGAUAUGCACGUAAGUCUAUACCUUCUUAAAUUUUGGUAGACUUUUCUGACUCUUAACUAAAGGCCCAUACCGAUUCUUUUCAUCGAUUCGACAAAUUCAAUCUGAAAUAUAAUCCUGUUGGAGAGUCUCGAUUGAGAACGAUUUUCUUGAAAACAGACAAUUUUAUCAAUGGAAGAUAUCUUGCAGAAAUCACUAAAGAGGUCAUUUCAGAUCUUGAAUCAAGCAAAUAUCAAAUGGUUGAAUGGCGUAUCUCGAUCUAUGGAAGAACUAUCGAUGAAUGGGAUAAGCUAGCAGCAUGGGUUGUUGACAACAAACUAUUCUCUCACAAUGUUCGGUGGUUGAUUCAGGUUCCACGACUGUUCGACGUUUACAAAUCUAGUGGUUUGAUGGAGAACUUUGAACAAGUUAUCAUUAAUUUGUUUCAGCCGCUGUUUGAGGUCACAAAAGAUCCAUCCAGUCACCCGAAGCUUCACAUCUUCCUUCAGCGAGUUAUUGGGUUCGACAGUGUGGACGAUGAGAGUAAAGCUGAAAGGAGAUUGUUCAGAAAGUUCCCAGUUCCGAAAGUAUGGGAUUCUAAGCAAAAUCCGCCCUACAGCUAUUGGAUCUACUACCUUUUUGCCAAUAUUUCUUCGUUGAAUGUGUGGCGCAAGCAACGUGGUUUCAACACAUUCUUACUGCGACCUCAUUGUGGAGAAGCUGGUGACACUGAUCAUCUGGCUGCUGCAGUUCUUUGCUGUCAUAGCAUCAGUCAUGGUUUGUUGCUCCGAAAAGUACCUUUGCUACAAUACAUCUUCUAUCUCGAGCAGAUUGGAGUGGCAAUGUCCCCUUUGAGUAACAAUGCACUGUUCUUGGCAUAUGAAAGAAAUCCUUUCCUUUCUUAUUUCAAGCGAGGUCUUAAUGUAUCUCUCUCCACUGACGAUCCUCUUCAAUUCGCCUUCACAAAGGAGCCACUCAUCGAGGAAUACUCUGUCGCUGCACAAAUCUACAAGCUUAGCGCAGUAGAUAUGUGUGAGUUGGCGAAGAAUUCCGUCAAACAAAGUGGGUUUGAGCAUUCUGUCAAGCAGAGAUGGCUGGGUCCAGAUUAUGAUCUACCUGGAGUUAAGGGUAAUACGAUGGCGAAGAGCAAUGUCCCAAAUAUUAGGGAAGGCUUCCGACAUGAAACUUUGAUGCAGGAAUUAUCCAUGUAAGUCAUAAUUUUGCUUCUUUCGGAAUAAAUGCACUGCUAACAAUAACAGGAUUGAACGUUACACUGCUUUGUCAACUCCUGCAAUUCAAACAUCAGGUCCAGCAGAAGGUAAUUCCUUCUUUCUGGGACCACGGCCACAUUCGCCAACAUCAUCCAUGAAAGCUUCUGCUAGCGUGGUAGAUCAUGGUCCCUCGCAACAAUAUCAGCAUCAUCCUGCUCAGGCUGCCCGCAUCCCCCUCUCCCAUUCUCAGCUACACGUAGAUUCUCAUUUAAAGCAUCACCAGAAGGGCACAGAUAGCCCAUCUGGUUACGCUACUCCAAAUCAACAAACACAACCCAACUCAUCAUUCAACUCGCCACAUUCAGCCAAUAAAGGACGCGAAAAGUCCUGGGGAUUGGAAGCGAGCUUUAGUGAUCUGCAUCUAUCAGGCAGUGAACCGAGAAUCUUUCCCGGUUUGGUCAGUAGGAAGCAAAGGAGAGAGAGCACCAGAAAGAAUAGUGUGACGGAAAGUGACGAGCAUGGUUUGAUGAUGUUGAAGAGAGGUAGCAAUAACAAGAGUGUCACUACAUUAGAUGGGAAAUUAGAUGAAGAGAACGACAUGCAACAGAGCGAUGUAGACGUUGAUGAUGCUGCCGAUUCGAAUUGAAAUAUUUUGGGCAGGUAUAAAGAUGGAGAUUUAGAGAAAGCUACGUUUUCUAUGCUAGGGAUACGAUGGAGUGUUUUGAAUAUGGAUCGAGAUGGCUCGACAUAGAUGUUUAUACGGUGUAGUUCAACAUAAGGACAGGAAACACUGGUCGUAAACAACAACAAUUUCACUGGUAGAAUAGAUAAACUGGCAUUGAUACAUUUUGAUAUGAAUUAAAUAGGGACAUAAUAUGUCUACGAAGAUACAUAGAAUAGAAUCCGCUACGGUCAGUAUGAAUUAAUGGGCCUACAUAGAAUAUAGAAUGAAAGCUCUGCGAAAUCAUGA